AUGUCUAUACCAACGGUUGUGCUCAUCACCGGAGUCAACAAAGGUAUUGGCAAGGGACUUCUGGAAAAGUACCUCGCCCGACCCAACCACACGGUCAUCGGUAGCGUGCGGGAUACCAAAGCUCAAGCAUCCCAAGACUUGGACAAACUUCCCAAAGCAGAAGGCUCCCGCCUCCUUCUCGUCGGUAUCGACAGCAUUUCAUCAAACGACCCUCUUGAAGCGUUCAAGGUCGUUGAAGCAACCGGAAUCAAGCAUGUAGACCUUAUCAUCGCCAACGCUGGUAUGGGCCCGAUGCCACCGAAAAAGCUGGACACUGCCGAGAUCGAGACCAUCGAGUACACCCUACAAGUCAAUACCCUGGGCCCCAUUCGUCUCUUCCAGGCUUUCAAGCCGCUUCUCGACAAGUCCAGUUCGCCUAAGUGGGUUUCGGUAUCGAGUGGCGCUGGCUCUAUUACCAACUGCGAAAAGUACAUGGCGUUCUAUGCCGGUGCUUAUGGUGUGUCCAAGGCCGCUCAAGAUUGGUUUACUGUAGCUAUUCAUGCCGGCAACCCUUCGCUGGUCGCCUUUGCUAUUCACCCUGGCCAUGUUCAGACGGAAAUGGGUAACAUUGGUGCGCGCAUCGUGGGACUCAAAGAAGCACCGCAUACGAUUGAAGAGAGCACUUCGAAGACGAUAGAUUUGAUCGACAACGCAACCCGCGAAAGUACUUCGGGCAAGUUCAUCAACGUCAUUACCGGCCAGGAGGUUCCCUGGUGA